CUCGAUAUCUUCAACGCUCUCGACCUCCCUCUUAACCUCUUAAUAAACAAUGCUGGUGUUAUGUUCUGCCCCCACCGGCUUUUGGAAGACGGAAUUGAGAUGCAAUUUGCAACCAAUCAUCUUGCUCAUUUUCUCUUUACAAACCUUAUCCUCGAAAAAAUGAAGCAUACUGCCAGAACUACUGGUAUGGAAGGCAGAAUUGUGAAUUUGUCAUCGAUUGCUCUUAUACACUCUUACAACGGCUUAAUUCGAAAAAUCAAUGAUUGGAGCGGUUACUCAGACAAAAGGGCAUAUGGGCAAUCCAAAUUAGCAAACAUACUUCAUGCCAAUGAGCUCUCUCGUCGAGUGCUGGGAGAAGGUGUGAACAUAACUGUCAACUCAGUCCAGGAAUCUUAA